UGCCUUGUGCUAUUUGUGGGGAUUGACCCUCCUCCCCCUCCCCUUCCCCCUCCUACUCCUACUCCUCCUUCUCCGGCGUGCGUGUUCUUCCCCCAUAGUCCUCUAGUCACCUGACCAAACGCCAUGCAAAUCAUUCUGCUGCUGGAGCCUCAUUGGCCGCUUGUGGCUCAUUUAACCGCUGUCAGUGCGCAUCAUAUGGCCGCCGCUUUAACCAACUUCUCAACUCCGACUUAGGGAAAGUGGCUCAAAUGCGCAUUCUAUCACAGUGGACGUGAAUCCAGCCGAGGCGAAGACAGCGUGAAAUUCUGGUUGGAAAAACACUUGACGUCCUUUUUGGAUUAUUUUUAACUUUGCUUUUGAUCCGUUUGGGGUUAGAUCACUAAUUCUCCGACCAGCCGACUGGUGCGCACCAGACCGUUGUGCGCGCUAGACUCGUCUAAAAGAAAAGACUUUUUUUUUUCUCCUCUGUGGUGGUGAAGUUAAAAGGCAGUUGAAUGUAUAGCAUGAUGAUGGAAACUGACCUCCACUCCCCCGGCCCCCAAACGAACACGACCGCGGGACAAACGGGGCCAAACAGCGGCUCCAAAGCGAACCAGGACCGCGUGAAGAGACCGAUGAACGCGUUCAUGGUCUGGUCCCGCGGGCAGCGGAGGAAGAUGGCACAGGAGAACCCCAAAAUGCACAACUCCGAGAUCAGCAAGAGGCUGGGGGCCGAGUGGAAGUUAAUGUCCGAGUCAGAGAAGCGACCUUUCAUCGACGAGGCGAAGCGACUGCGGGCCAUGCACAUGAAGGAGCAUCCGGAUUACAAGUACCGGCCGAGACGGAAGACCAAGACCCUGCUGAAGAAGGACAAAUAUUCCCUGGCCGGUGGACUGCUUUCCGGGCCUAGCGGGGGCGGCGGAGUUGGUUUAGGGGUCGGCAUGAGUUCGUCGGGGGUCGGGCAGAGGUUGGAGAGCCCCGGGGGCCACGGCGGCACGGCCAGCUCCGGCUACGCGCACAUGAACGGCUGGGCCAACGGUGCGUACUCUGGGCAGGUGGCUGCGGCGGCGGCGGCUGCUGCCAUGAUGCAGGAGGCUCAGCUCGCCUACAGCCAGCACCCGGGCAGCGGGGCGCACCACCAUCACCACCAUCACGCACAUCAUCACCACUCCCACAACCCGCAGCCCAUGCACCGCUACGACAUGACGGCGCUGCAGUACAGCCCCAUCUCGAACUCUCAGACCUACAUGAGCGCGUCUCCCUCUGGCUACGGCAGCCUCACCUACACGCAGCACCAGAGCUCCGGCGUCUCCUCCUCCUCCAGCGCCAUGGGGACGUUAGGCUCACUGGUCAAGUCAGAGCCGAGCGUAAGCCCCCCCGUCAGCGGCACACACACUCGGGGCCCCUGCCCCGGAGACUUGAGAGAGAUGAUAAGCAUGUAUUUACCCACCGGGGAGCCAGGGGACCCGGCCAUGCAGAGCAGACUCCAUGCCCUGCCUCAGCACUACCAGAGCGCCGCGGCUGGAGUGAACGGGACGGUCCCCCUAACACACAUUUAGAAGUGACAGAAUCAUCGGAAAACUGCAAAACGAACACAUAACCAAAUAUUUACCUCUUUUCUAAAUAAGCCCCCCAGCUCCCGAGAACUACCUGCAUUUUGUACAGAAUGUUUAUGAUCCUGUAAAUGAAGGGUAAAUAUAGCAAAUUCAUCUCAGCUUCUUUUCUCCCUCCGUCUCGAAUACCCAGCAGUGGAAUUAUAAAAACGACUAUGAUGCUGAGAUGUUGGUUAUUGUGCUCCAUCCUUUUUGUUCAUCACUUCACACUCUCUUACUUCAGUCUCCCCCUGGGAGACUUGGGUUCCAUUGUCUCGUCAUUUUAUUUUUCUUGUAAGUUAUUUGAAAAUAAGAAAACGUGUCAUAAUCAUAAGGAGAAAAAAGUGCUUCAAAGAUAAUCACACUCUUUAGGCAUUUGUGUUCAAUGGCAGAGGCCUGUGUCUUAAUCUCUUUUUAUUGUAACACUCUAAUUAUUGUAAAUUGUGAAUAAUUUUAAUAUUUCCAAAUGAUGACGGGCAACUGCUGUUGUAAUUUAAAGUGCUUUUCUGCGAACUGAAAAGCCCUGAUACUGCAAUGAAGAAGAAUUGAAUAAAUUUCACAAAAUGUUGCUUUGAUUCUUAAACCAGGGGUCUUAACUUGAUCUUUUUACCCUCAGCGUCUCUUUUUAUUUAUGGUGCGUUUAUAUAUAAAUAUAUUUUAAAAAAACUGCCGCUAAAUGUUCUCACAGUUGCUGGAAACAGAUCUCAUGAUCUUUGUCCUAAUUGUUUGUGCGUAAAAGCGAGUUUGUAGGCCUUUAUGGACAACAUGCUCACUGAGGUGAUGGUCCAGGGGCCAAUAUUUAUUUUAUUUAUGUAUCAUUGUCUGGUAUGUUUUAACGAAAAUGUACCUUCACAUCACUGGCGUCUGAGAAAACAAAAGAAAUGAAAAAAAAGUCUGUUAAAUACUUUGUAACAAUAUGAAUAAUAUUUAUGACAGGAAGAAAAUAUUAACAAACUGCUGACACAGUUCUGCUUAUGUAACUAUUUAAGAUGAAUAAUGUCAAUUUGUACACAAUAUUACUGUUGUUUUUCUUAAAGUAACUUUUAAAAUAUGACAGCUUUGCGAAACAUUCGACAACAUAGCAAUUUUUAAAAAAAGAAAAUAAUAUACAUCGUAUAAUAAGAAUAACGCCUGUGUUU